AGGUGUUCGUUUGGUAGGCGGUACAGACUCCAUGGAAGGUCGAGUGGAGGUGUUCUGGAACGGUGCUUGGGGGACGGUCUGUGAUGACGACUGGGACCUACAAGACGCAACAGUUAUCUGCCGGGAACUGGGUUUUGGAGAAGCUUAUGCGGCUCCCCAUCGAGCUGCAUUUGGUGGGGGGACCGGAGACAUACUGUUGCAUAAUGUUGAGUGUACGGGUAACGAGCAGACGGUGUUUGAUUGCCCGGCACGAAGUCACAGAGACCACAACUGCGGGCAUAGCGAGGAUGCCGGGGUUCGAUGUACUGGAGAUCGACCCGUCAUAAUAAUCUGCCCAUCUAAUCAGACGAUCGAGUCCGAUCCAAACCAGACCUUCGCUACGGUCAACCUACCUGGUCCUGCCGCUUCAUACCACAGCAGCCUUGGAUGGUUCGAAAUCACUAUUGACGUGGAUGGUUCUACGAGUCGUGUUAAUGACGAAGUCAGAUUGAGUAUUGCAAACUCUCCACACGUCUUGCAAUUCAAUGCAAGUGAUGCAAACUACACUGCGACGUGCAGCAUGCAAAUCUCCGUUCUUGUUAGUCAGCCGCCAGUGAUCACCUGCCCACCCAAUCAGACGAUUCAGACAGAUCCAAAGCAAAACUUCGCAACAGUAACCUUACCCGAACCAGCCUCUGCAUCCGACAACAGCGGAUGGUUCGAAAUCACCAUUGACGCGGAUGGUUCUACGCGUCGUGUAAAUGGCAGAAUCAGUUUGAGUCUUGCGCAGUCUAGACACACAUUGCAGUACACUGCAAGAGAUGCCAGCAACAACUUUGCCACCUGCACUAUGCAAAUAACUGUUAUAGAUCUGGACCCACCUAUUAUGCGUUGCCCGGGUGACAUUCAUCGUCUAGUGGACUUCAACAUCGGAUCAGUUGCCAUUUCAUGGCCUGACGUCAGAGCCGCAGAUCCAAACACGCCGUUGCUAUGGAACUCCAGCCAUCACCGUGGAGACAUGUUCCCUGUUGGUAAUGUUACCAUGGUAACCUACACAGUCGCAGACCAAGGCGGGAACGUUGCGUCAUGUAACUUCACGGUGACAGUGACGACAGGGGUUGAACUUCGCUGUCCGGCCAACAUCACAACUGCCACUAAUCCCGGAAGUAAGGACACCUUUGUUUCGUGGGCAAUGCCCCAAGUGAUAUUCAGUUCACUUCAGGGGCAGGGUACCAGAGACAUGCGAACGCAUCUGGAUCACGUGUCAUCAGGCUCUGGUAGUUUUUUUAAUUUUUACGGCUAUAGCUAUACAGUCGAUGAUGACGAUGGCAGUGGUAGUGAUGGGGAUGAUGAUGAUGAUGAUGGGACACCCAUUCGCUUGCUGUCCGAGAACCUACCUGGAGACGCCUUCAGUAUCGGAUCAACUCCUGUCUCCUACCGGAUUGAGGGCACCGAGAUCGAAUGUAAUUUCCUCGUCAUUGUCGAAGACAACGAGCCUCCUACGUUUGAUGAUUGCCCAGCCGACGUCACCAUCCCAGUCGGCUCAUCGUCCAAUCAGGUACAUCACAGGUGGAUUCCUCCAAUGGCCUCUGACAACUCUGGUCGUGAAGUGGAGGUGACGUUCAGUUGUUCAGGAGCCACAGCCGAUGACUGCGACCAAGCUGGCAAGGGAACCUUUUCAGUUGGAGAUUCCAAGAUGACGUACAGAGCUGAAGAUGCGUCUGGUAAUGAGAAUGUUUGCACUGUGACGGUUACAGUUGUGAAACUCGUCUGCCCAGCCAAUUUCUCGGCAUUAGCAACUCCUGACUCGACCAGUACCAGUGUGAGCUGGUCGGAACCGGAUCUAACUGGAUGGAACGGACCAACAAACUUCACCUCAAGCAACAAUUCUGGUGUUGAAUUGUUGAUAGGAGCUCACCGUGUAGACUAUCAGCAAUGGUUUGCGGCAUACAACCUGCACUUGGAAUGUUCAUUCUUUGUUGUGGUACAAGGUCAGUGCCCAACCAACACAACCAAUGACGGUCUGAGAUGGCCUGUAGCAGUAGCUGGAUCCACUGCCAAGUCUGUCCAACGAUGUCCACUGACAACUGCAAAUGCUGGUGAACCCGAAGCCGUCCGGAACUGUUCGAAGUUGGAGGCGCCUCUCUACUUCCGAUGGGAGGAGCAAGAGACUCGUGGCUGCGGGGACAAGAAGAAAGUGUCUCUCGAAAACGUCGUCAAGGUUGAGGUUAGCAAAGGCAAUGCAGUCGAGGUGGCCGAGUUUCUAGCCAAUCAGACGUCAGAGUCAUCUAAGGAGGCAGAAGAUGUUGCGGUGGUUGCCAGCAUUUUGGAGAACAUCGCAAGAGCAGGAUCGGGGGACAAAGAGGUGACAGAACUAGUGCUGGAGACUGUCAGCAAUGUCAUCAUGAGUGUUGGGCCUGAAACUCCUGACUCCGAGCCCACUCAGAUCGAGGCGGGUACCUCCUCAGCCAUCAUUCAGUCCGUAGAGACUCAAAUCUCCCUGACACUUCAGCAAGAGGGUAAAGUCAGUAUACGUCAGGACUCCAUCCACGUGGAGGCGGUCAGUCUUGAGCCAAACCAGACCAGGAACGGACUCAGCUUCGUGUCCGUGAAACAGUCUAAUGUGACGUCUCCUGGACAAGGGUCACUGCAAGAGGGCACCCUUGCCGGUAGCGAGGUCGAGACUUUGUACUCCAGUAUGAUACCAAAGGAUCUCGAUGUCUUGGCAUCGGCUCGGUUGCCUGGCAACAUCACUAAUUUGCUACCGUCCCCUGAUGCUCAGCUGCAAGCCAGUUUCCUGAUUUACGCUGAUGACACGUUGUUCCAGUCUGCUUCGAUCAGAGAGCAUCGAGGGGAGGGUAACUCGACUCGUAAGGUCGCUGGAUCUGUCGUCUCACUGACUGUGGAGAAUGUUGAACUUGUCAACCUCACAGAACCAGUCGUGAUUGAAUUCAAGGAGGAAUCAAGCGAGGUCCACUGCGUGUCCUGGGACUUUGAGCUGGAAGAUGGAGUCGGCGAUUGGACGACAGAUGGAUGCGCGCUUGCUGAAGUGACCAAUAAGACAGUCGUGUGUAAUUGCUCUCAUGCCACCAACUUCGCAAUCCUAGUGGAUGUGAAGGGCCAAGCACCUGAUGACAAAGAUGACACUCCUGCUAAGCAAGCGCUUGAUAUCAUCAGCCAUGUUGGCGCUGCACUGUCAAUCAUAGCUCUGGCCAUCACGCUGAUCAUAUACUUAGCUAUCAGGAAACUGCGAAGCGGAAAAUCUCGUCAGAUCUUCAUCAAUUUCUGCUUCUCGUUGUUCAUGUUGUACAUCGUGUUCGUUGCCGGCGUCGACAAUGCUAAGGGUUCCGGAGGUGGUUGUGUGUUUGUGGCUGCUUUACUCCACUACUUGACUCUGUCCACCAUGAUGUGGAUGGCCGUUGAAGCCAGGAACAUGUACGUCAGUACGGUGAAGGUGUUCCCUGAAGAUACGCCUCGAUACAUGCUCAAGGCUUGCCUCAUCGCUUGGGGUUCUCCAUUGAUUGUGUUGAUUAUCACCUUGGCUGCAGCAUCACAUCACUAUGCCAACGAGCAUUACUGCUUCGUUGAGCCUGGUCUUGUGCUGUACCUCGGCCUCCUUGUUCCCAUUGGUCUCAUCCUCCUCCACAACAUCAUCACCUUCAUCUUGGUCAUGCGCAGUCUCCUGAAGGUCAAGGAGGUAUCUCGCUCCCAGCAGAUCUCCAAACGCCUCCAGAAUGCCGUGGGAAUCUCCGCCCUCAUGGGGUUGACCUGGUGUUUUGGGUUCCUGGCAAUCAACGAGGCAGCCUUUGCAUUUCAGCUCAUCUUCUGUCUGGCCAACUCCUUGCAGGGCGUGGUUGUGUUCAUCAUGUUCUGCGCUCGACGUGAGGAGGUCCGCACAGCCCUGGCGCCCUACAUGAAGCGCAUCUGCUGUGGCCGGGAGUGCCGCUUGCCCACACUGCAUCCUGAAAAGUCAAACGAGUCAGAAUUGGUGUCAGCAACGGCUCACACUCAACCGUCAACCGGGCAGACUGCAGAAGUGGAGAUCUCUGUGACAACACCGCAAUAGGAAGACUAUGUUGCGAUUUCAAAGAAAGGUUUACCGUCAAGGUUGAGCCAAUCUUGUGUCAUACAUUUGCUAGUUUGAGGUACCAUUAUAACAGGUAAAGCAGUCAUUGACGCUCUCCAAGCCCCUUAAACUUCAUGUUCUAUGUUUAAUAAUCGAUACGUAUCGUGUUUCAUUUAAUAAAAUGUUUAGCAUAUUUCAUAAACUGCUUAGCAUGUUUUAAGCUGUGUUUAAAUUAUUAUACUGCAAGGAAUUAGGUAAAUAGUAAUGAAACGCAGAGCUUUUUUAUAAUUACAUUAUUCUCAAAUUUAUAUAACAUUUGAUCAAUUUUACAUUUCGACAUGAAAUCGGAUAAAAUCAACCUGAGUCAAGGUGCGAACAAGAUGUUGAUUCGCGUGUAUAUUUCCUAAGGCAAAUACUUAUAAUCAGAAACCGUUUCGUUAUUUCACGAUCAAGUGAAAGCAUUUUAUGAAGUAUCGAUUUAGAAUAUCGAGUCUCGAAUAUUGAGCAUAAUUGACAUUCUGCAACCUGUUAAUGAUUGCUACAGUUUACAUAAACUAAUACACUGUAAUAUGGAUAUUUCUAGCGAUUUUUUUUUACCACUGGAUACACAACUUGAAAGCCAUGAGGCAUACAUAAUGCUGAGCAGAUACGAAUCCCUCAACCAAUGAAGAAACUUAAAUCAAUUAAUUAUAUUGACUGAAUUCGCUGCUUUGUUGGCAGAUUGCAUAUAGUUAUUACACAUUACUACAAUAUAACAUAUUACAAAUUGCAAAUUUUACUCAGAAUUAAAAUAUGGUUUAAAUUGUUUUUCGUAAAGACAGGAUAACAUAGCCCACACUGUGUAGCUCCAGUAGAGGCCUACUUGCGCCCAGAAAUUCGGCAUGUCGAAACAGUAAAGUCUCCUCCCCCGACAUAAAAACCUGGACACGCUAAUGAUAGGGCCCUAUUUGUAAGUUUGAAAACCACGAUAAACAACCCUGACUGUCAUUGCCCCCCCCCCCCCCGUCGUGGCCCCCUGUUGUUGCUGAAUUCUCGGUGUUUCAUGCCGACCCACUUGUGGCCACUGGCUUGGCUGGGGGGUAUUUACCCCCCCCCCCAAUAUUAUGUAAAGACUGCCUAUUUGCAUUCAAGUGCCUUUUUUCGCAAAUAUUCCCCCCAUUAUUUUGAAGGGUGCCCUUUGUUUUAAAACGAGUGUUUUUUAAAGUGCUUUUUUUUUUAAACAAAUGCCCUUUUUCCCCAAAAAAACUUAGUGCCUUUUUUAAACAGCGGGUGUGACGAGUGCCUUUUUGGGCAUCUCGUGCGUGUGCCUCCCUGAAAACAUAAUUUUCUGAUAGUGUGUUUAAUCAUGAUCGACCACUUUGAACAGCGCCCUCAGUGAAAGAUGAUACCACAUCCUUAACCUUACAUCCUUGUAUGCCAAGUAAUCGGGGAAUUGAAAUUGUCAAAUGGAGAGGUUAAUAAUAAAACAAAGUUACAGCAAACACA